GGCGCGGCGCGAAGGUCACGGGGCGCGCGGGGCGAUGGCGGCGGCCGGAGGGUGCCGGAAAUGUCUCCUCGGUGGCCCGUGGCUCCUCUCCAGGUGUUAUCCCAUCCCUGCCUUCCCCAGGAGUGCCCUGCACAGGAUCAGCAGCCCUGCCCUGGCCACCCCCCAGUCCAGGUGCUACUCCUCGGGAGGAAGGAAAGGCUUCAUCUCAGGUUUCGUGGAGAACAUCAAGCAGGAAUUAGCCAAAAACAAAGAGAUGAAGGAAAGCAUCAAGAAGUUCCGAGACGAGGCGAGGAAGCUGGAGGAGUCGGACGCGCUGCGGGAAGCCAGGAGGAAAUACAAAACCAUCGAAUCCGAAACGGUGAAGACCUCAGAAGUGAUUAAAAAGAAACUUGGAGAAAUAACGGGGACGGUUAAGGAGAGUUUGGACGAGGUCAGCAGGAGCGACCUGGGCAGGAAGAUCAAGGAGGGCGUGGAGGAGGCGGCCAAAACGGCCAAGCAGUCGGCGGAGUCGGUGACCAGGGGAGGGGAGAAGCUGGGCAGGACUGCAGCCUUCAAAGCCAUCUCCCAGGGAGUAGAAACUGUUAAGAAGGAGAUAGAUGAGAGCGUUUUGGGACAAACUGGUCCCUACAGGCGCCCGGAGCGGCUCCGGAAGCGGACGGAAUAUUCCGGAGAGAGGAUUAAAGAGCAGCGAGUGUUCGAAGCCAAUGAGGAGGCCAUGGGCAUGGUGCUGCAUAAAGACUCCAAGUGGUACCAGCAGUGGAAAGAUUUCAAGGACAACAACGUGGUUUUCAACAGGUUCUUUGAGAUGAAGAUGAAGUACGACGAGAGCGACAACGCCUUCAUCCGAGCGUCGCGCGCUGUCACCGACCGCGUCACCGACCUCAUAGGGGGAUUGUUCUCCAAGACGGAAAUGUCCGAGGUGCUGACGGAGAUCCUCAGGGUGGAUCCCUCCUUCGACAAGGAUCGCUUCCUGAAGCAGUGUGAGCGGGACAUCAUCCCCAACGUGCUGGAGGCUCUGAUCUCCGGAGAGCUCGACAUCCUCAAGGACUGGUGCUACGAGGCCACCUACAGCCAGCUGGCCCAUCCCAUCCAGCAGGCCAAGGCCUUGGGGCUCCAGUUCCAUUCCAGGAUCCUGGACAUCGACAACAUCGACCUGGCCAUGGGGAAGAUGAUGGAGCAGGGCCCGGUGCUGAUCAUCACCUUCCAGGCCCAGGUGGUGAUGGUGAUCAAGAACCACAAAGGGGAGGUGGUGGAAGGGGACCCGGACAAGGUUCUGCGGAUGCUCUACGUGUGGGCCCUGUGCCGCGACCAGGACGAGCUCAACCCCUACAUGGCCUGGAGGCUGCUGGACAUUUCCUCCUCCAGCACGGAGCAGGUGCUCUGAGCCCUUCCCGACCCUCUGGAAGCAGCUCCAGGCUGGAUCCCUGCGCGGCGCGCACGGGAGGAUCCGGGAGGAUCCCAACCCCUGAGCGGCUGGGGCUGGCUCCUGCUCGGGACCAGCAGCCGCUGGGUGCUGCUUUCUCCUCGUGCCUCACGGAGGCUCCCGGGCGCUUCCCAGCCCUGGGAAUCCUCGCUGAGCUCCCGUUCCCACCCGCUGGCACCCUUGGGACGUCCCUGGGAAGCCUCGGGAGGGGCUCUGGGCUGCCGACCCGCGCUCCGGCCUCGCGUCCCUGCGGCCGCGUCCUCGCGCUUUCCCGGAGCAAAUACAGCCAGGACUUCGCA